AAUCAAUUUCAACAACAAAACAAUUUUUUGUGUUUUUUUAAUUAUUUUUGUUUCACUUCAUUUCAUUCUUCGUUUUCUCUUCAAUCUUUGUUUUUCCCAUUUCUUCCUCCGAAUUGCAUUCAUCCUCCAAUCUUCUGAUUAAUCGGAAAAUUAAAUUUUCCCGGGAUUGUUUCCUGUUUUAACGGAAUAAUUUUUAAAAUUUAUUUAUUGAAAUUCAAAUUAUUUUCCCAUCGAUUUCAAUGGGAUUUUUGUCUCCGCUUGAAAAGGAACGUUUUUGUGAUCUGGGUCUAUGCUAUUAUUGGGUUCACCAUGUUAUGUUUCACGGGUAUUGCUUAUUCCAAUAAUCAUCAUAAAAAAAAACUUAUUUUAUUGCUGUUUGAAAUUUUGAUGAUUGUGAUAAGAAUCAAGAAUAUUUUUUUAUGUGUAUGAUUGAUGAAGAUGGAGAAGUAUCCUAGAGAUCUGCUUGAAAGACUCUUUGUAUCAAGCGGUGGAAGUGAUAAUAGCAAUAUUCAUAGCACAACAACAACUACUACCACUACUACUACAACGAUAUCACAGAUGCAACAAAUCCAAAACACACAGCAUCAUCAUAAUCAGUAUCAUCAAUAUCUUUGUGAGAAUCAGCAUGGUGAAAAAGAGGAAGAAGAUGAAGAUGAAGAUGAAGAAGAAGAAGGAGUUGAGCUGAAUCUUGGUCUUUCAUUAGGUGGUAGAUUUGGUGUUGAUAAACAUGCUAAAAACAAGAAGCUUUUGCGAUCUUCUUCUGUUGUUGGAACAAUGCCUUUACUCCGGGAAGAUUUAGCUGCAGCUGCCGGAGUUGCUUCACCAACUCCGGAAGCACAUCAUACUCUUCUCAGAGCUUCGUCGUUACCGACGGAGACUGAGGAAGAGUGGAGGAAGAGGAAGGAGUUACAGACGUUGCGGCGGUUGGAAGCUAAGAGAAGGAGGUCAGAGAAGCAGAGAGUUUCUAAAUCGGAGAAAGAUUCAUCUGCUGUAACAACUGGUGGUUGUUUGGAGGAAAUUGAGGGUGGAGGUGUAACAAUGGGGUUGAAUAGGUCAACGUUUGGUGCACCUAUUGGUUUACCAAAUUGGGCUAUGGCAACAAAGCAAGUUGUUCUUGGUGAUGUAUUAGGAAAAGGGAAAAUUGGGAUUGGUUUUCAAGGUUUGUUUGCACAGCCAUCUUCACAAGGCUCAGUAGAUUCACAAGGUGGAAGUUCUUCAUCAGUUUCUGAAAUGGAUAGCAAACCUUUUCUAGGAUCAAGCAGUUGCGGCGAAGCAAAAAGCCCUGCUAGUAAUCAGUCCUUACAUGAAAGAAGCAGCCAGGAAGCCGUGGGUUCCUCAGGAGGGUCGAGGAUAAAUGAGAAUUUGACAAGAACAAGUUCAAGAAUUGAGGCAAUGGAGAAUGCAUCUAAGAGACCUCAUCAAAAUAGUGGAAAGGAAAUUGGUACAAACUCAAUGGAAGAUAUGCCCUGUGUAUUUACAAAAGGGGAUGGUCCUAAUGGAAGAAGAAUCGACGGAAUCUUGUACAAAUAUGGCAAAGGGGAAGAAGUAAGGAUAAUGUGCGUGUGUCAUGGAAACUUUCUGUCUCCAGCUGAGUUUGUUAAACAUGCUGGUGGUGGAGAUGUUGCACACCCUCUUAGACAUAUUGUUGUUAACCCUUCAGCUGCUCCUUUUUUGUGAUGAUGAUGGGAGAGUCCCUUCAACAUUAGGGCUGUGUAAUAUAUUCAUUGUUGAAGAGAUGGAAUAUGUUAAUUAGUUUCAUUCAUAGUUUCUUCUUUAGUAUGUACCUCCUUUUUGUUUUUUGGCUAAUAUCUUGAGGAUUAAUCAAACAAUGUUAUAUAGAGUUAAUUGAUUCCCUUCUGGAAUGGAAUGUUAGAUUUGUCCAUUUGAUAAAGCAUUAAAGCAUAUAAUCAGAAUAAGCAAAGCACAUUUGAUAUUGC